GCGGAAAUCGUCGACCGGCCACCCCAAGACACACGCCCGUCACGAUGCAGAAGGUUAUUCGAAGGACGGCCCUGGCCCGGAACCAGGCUCAACGGAAGGCCAUCCGCGCCGCCAAAACCGCCGAGCGCGAGGAAUUGAAGGACACGCUGCGCCAGCGGUUCGCCUAUAACCGCAUACAGCUCGAUGCCAUCCGCUCCGAGCGAGAACGCCGCCGCGAAGAUUGGUUGCGAGGACCCCUGGCGCCUCAGCGGGACGCAGGACCCGAUGGUGCCUCAUUCGGUGCCUUGAGUCCGCAGGCCAUGAACCCCCCGAGCAUCCCCAAGCACCUCCGCCGGAAAUAUAUCAACAUUGCUCCCGGCGACCGGGUGUGUAUCAUCAAGGGCAAGGAUAAAGGCAAGAUCAACGAGGUCACUCGGGUCGAUGAAUCCAACGAGACCGUCACGGUGAAAGACCUGAACAUGGCCGACGUACAUUUCCCCGAAUGGCUGAACGAACAAUACGGCAGCAAGACCCCCUUUCAAACAGUGAGCCUGCCGAUCUCCAUAGACAACGUCAAACUGGUGGUGGCUCUGGAUGACCCGGCCACCGGCCAAACGCGAGACGUCUUGGUCGACCACGUUCGCGGCGGAGAGCCUUUCCUGGAGCGCGAGUACGCUACCAACACUCCCCGUCAUACCCGAUACAUUGCCGGCGAGAACAUUGAGAUCCCGUGGCCUCGCAACGAGCCGCUCAACCUGAAGGACGAGGAAUGGGACACUCUCCGUAUGGAGGUUGAGACGCCCACGUGGGUUCCGUCCCUGCACAACUCGCCGUUCCCUCCCAGCGUCAUGGACGAACUACGCAACAAAUUCUCGAAAUACCGAACAAGGCACGACCCCGAAUGGGUGGAGGCGAAGAAGAUGGAAGAUUACAAAAAGGAAUACCUUCAAAGCAGGUCUUUGUGGACACCCAAGGGAGAGCUCCUGGCCAUGAUCCGGGCCAAGAAGGAAGCCAAUCUGAAGGCCAGAAAGGACGCCAACGGCAAUUACCUGAUGGAUACCCAAACGAUUGGAUUCAUUGAGGAGUUCAUGAAGGGGAAGACGGCAAACAAGGCUUGAGGAAGGGGUCCGAAAAGAUCUGUUUGGCUGAGGGAUUUUCUUUAAUAUUUUGUUUUCUUUUCGUUUCCAUAUCUUGUCCCACACGCGUGUAUACAAGCUGUAUUUCCUGUAGCAUAGAAAUGACUGUAUAAGAUUUACUACCAGCGAGACUUGUAGGGGCUGUGUUCCUGGCCUAAGGGACAGUUUAUCUAGGUACAUAGUAACUAUCCAGCCCUGUUUAGAUCGCAGCAGCUCGGCGAAUAGGAGGAAUUACUGGAAUCCCCCUGAUUGCGUGUGGAUUGCGCCGGGUCGACAAGCCACCAGGGGAGGGAGCGAGAGCGAGUGAGUUUCGCAUCCCAUCUUCUUUCUUAUCCGCGGC